AUGGGAGUCUGUCAAUCGUGCUGCGGAGGGAGAUCCCGCGAUGGACUUUACGAGCCAGUUCUCGCCGACAGCGAACGGGAGGCUGUCGCCGAUCUCCUCCAGUACUUGGAAAACCGGGGUGAAACGGACUUCUUUUCGGGCGAACCGCUUCGAGCUCUAAGCACACUCGUCUUCUCCGAGAAUAUCGAUCUUCAACGGAGUGCUAGUCUAACCUUUGCGGAAAUAACAGAGCGAGAUGUUCGUGAGGUCGACCGCGACACACUCGAGCCUAUUCUUUUCCUUCUGCAAAGCCCCGAUAUUGAAGUUCAGCGUGCCGCUAGUGCAGCGCUUGGAAAUCUUGCGGUCAACACUGAGAACAAGGUUUUGAUUGUUCAACUCGGUGGGCUUACGCCUCUUAUUAGACAGAUGCUCUCGCCAAAUGUCGAAGUUCAGUGCAAUGCAGUUGGUUGCAUCACCAACUUGGCUACACAUGAGGAGAACAAGGCAAAGAUUGCACGGUCUGGCGCGUUGGGCCCUCUGACAAGGCUAGCGAAAUCCAGGGAUAUGCGGGUUCAGAGGAACGCAACUGGAGCUUUGCUGAAUAUGACGCAUUCGGAUGAAAACCGCCAGCAACUGGUUAAUGCCGGCGCUAUUCCGGUCCUUGUCCAGCUCUUGUCCUCUUCAGAUGUUGAUGUGCAGUACUAUUGCACAACAGCUCUCAGCAACAUCGCUGUCGACGCUAACAACCGACGCAAGCUUGCACAGACCGAAUCGAAGCUAGUCUCUUCGCUUGUCACCCUCAUGGAUUCGUCGUCUCCUAAGGUACAAUGCCAGGCAGCGCUCGCCCUUCGUAACUUGGCCUCGGACGAAAAGUACCAGCUUGACAUUGUACGAUCAAAUGGUCUGGCUCCCUUGCUGCGACUACUGUCAUCAUCCUAUCUGCCUCUAAUUCUUUCCGCCGUUGCAUGUAUACGAAACAUUUCCAUCCACCCUCUGAACGAAUCACCGAUCAUCGAAGCUGGAUUCCUGAAGCCAUUGGUUGAUCUGCUUGGGUCCACUGAGAACGAAGAGAUUCAAUGCCACGCUAUCUCGACGUUGAGAAAUUUGGCUGCCAGCUCCGAUCGCAACAAGGCGCUUGUUCUCGACGCGGGUGCGGUUCAGAAGUGCAAGCAACUGGUACUCGAUGUUCCUGUCACUGUUCAGUCGGAAAUGACGGCUGCUAUUGCUGUUCUGGCUCUUAGUGAUGAGCUGAAAUCUCAUCUCUUGAAUUUGGGUGUUUUCGAGGUCUUGAUUCCUUUGACGCAUUCUCCAAGUAUCGAAGUCCAAGGCAACAGCGCUGCAGCUCUCGGCAACCUUUCCUCAAAAGUUGGCGACUACGCCGUCUUCGUCCAAGAUUGGAAAGAGCCUAACGGCGGAAUUCAUGGAUACCUCACAAGAUUCCUUCAAAGUGGCGACGCAACGUUUCAGCACAUAGCAAUCUGGACUCUGCUCCAACUGCUUGAGUCAGAGGACAAGAAUCUCAUCCAACUAAUCGGCCAGGCUCAGGACAUCGUCGACCAAAUCAAGGAGAUCGCCAACCGCCAGAUCGAGCCGGACAACGAAUUCGAAGACGACGACGAAGGCGAGGUCGUGAACUUGGCUCAGCGAUGUCUGGAGCUGCUUGGCCAGAGUGGCUCUAAAUCUCACAUCGAGGGCUAA